CAAAAGUUUCACCGUUAAAAAUUCUUGCCGGCUCUGUUAUCCAUAGUUCUUUUGAAUUCCCAAUGCAUCGAUCUAAGAGGGAGGAUGAGAGUCGGUCGCGGAGUGCGGACGACAGGGAUGGAGAAUCCUCUAGAAAAGCAGGGAAGAGUUCCUCCAGUUCCAUUGACCAGAGUCUUGUGGCAGCAUUGAAGCAUAUUGACACCUUCUACGAGGCCCCUCCGCCUGGCUUUAUCAGGGAAGAUGAAGAGCGGCCGGAAGAUUGUAUUCCCGAUCUUCCACAAAAUCAAGCUGCCAGAGAGUUUUUAGCAAGUGCGCCAAGUAAAGGGUUGUGGAUGCCUUUGGGAAAGGAGGUAAAGGUUAUGCAGUGUUGGAAAUGCAAAAAUUAUGGCCACCGAUCCGGAGAUAAGGAAUGCCCACUGUUUUAUUCCGGCAACAGGAACAUUGAGAAAUUUCGCUAUAGUCAUGAAGAUCCCAUGCACGAGUUUAUGAUGGAACGAAAAAAAGAACAGAAGGAAGAGCGCAUUAAGCAGUUACAAGCCUUACUGAAUUCUGAAAGCUCCGAUAACGAGUCAACGAAGCAAGACAAGAAAAGGAAGAAGAAAAAGAAAGAUAAAAAGAAAUCUAAGCGGUGCGAGUCCGAAUCUGACCGACGUAGCGGCAGAUCUGACAGGAAAGACCACAAGCAUAAAAAGCGGAGGUCAAGGUCCAGAAGCUGAUGUGGACGCGUGUCAUUCGGUUAUGCAGGGCAUCGUAUCAACCGUUAUCAAGAAAAGAAGGUUGGAAGUUGGCCUACGCAUGCAUCUUAUCGAGUUUCCAGUGUUGUUUUGACAAAUCCAUUUUACCAAAGACAUUUGUUGGAAUAGCGUGAAUUGUGAUAAUGAAGGCGACCUUUAUCGGUUUUGCAUGAAAAUCUAUUGGUCUUAUUGGAAACGUCUGUGGUUGUGUGUGUAUCUUCUUGUGGACAAUGCCGUCCAGGCCAGACAACUUAAAUAACUGGACUUGUUUGUGUGUCUUAUCUGUGUUACGUGUAAAUUUGCCGGUAGAGCUGGGUAUAAAUACGCUUGUUCGGCUGGGCGACUGUAUCUUUCAUCUCCUGACUUUCUUGAAUUUUACUGUCUGCUAUUUCGAAUACUCCUCCCAACAAAAUGGCCAAAAUCGCCGGAAAGUACGAAUACCAGAAUGACGAUGGCAACUUCGAACAGUACCUCCGUGCCACCGGUUUGAGCGAGGAGCACA